AUUAAUUUGAGAGAUAUUACGAAGGCGAGGUGCUCAUUCACUCUAAUGAUGGCUGUGCCUUUGUGUUACAUGCAUUUAAGUCAACAAUUCGAUGGCGUGAUUUGUUUCGGAAUCAAAAAGUCAACUGUCAACAACGACAUGGGCUAUCUCGAUUUUUUUUGGAAAACCUUAGAACUACAAAGUAAUAUCUCCUGGGGCGCACUCGGUAUCUUCAACUUUCUAAAAUCUUUGCAAUGUAUUCGCCGUAAUUCCGCACUCAUUAUCUGUAUAUUUCCCCGAUGUCAAAUCAGUGUAUUUUGUUUUCUAUCUAGUUAUCCGUUUGACGACCUGACUAAUGAAUUUUCUGGUAGCCGUUGCCCAGCGUGGUGUGAUCGAAUUUUUCUAUCAAAGAGUGCUAUGGCUUUGCUUCCUAUAGAAACAAGUGAAUACAACUCGAUUCGCUGCGAAGUAUCUACAGGUGACCACAAGGUAGUAUGUGGAUUUGUGUGUACUGGAAUGCAACCGAACCAAUUGUUUGUAGUGGUGGUAACGCAAGUUAUGAGUUGCCUUUGCCAGAGUCCGUGGUAG